AAGUCUCACCAUAUAUUCUUAUAUAUAUCGAAUCAUAGGUAAUAUUUCAAAAUUAAUUAAACAUAUAUACAUACAUAAAAUGGUGGGAUUUGAAGAGAUUAUCGAGCCUUUCAGCCCGAUAAACAGCGAAUUAGUCGAAGAAAAUAAAGAGAUUGACGAUGAAGAAAUCAACUACGAUGAUCUCAAACGUCGUAUGUGGAAGGAUCGCAAGCGAAUGCAAAUAUUCAAGGCUAACAAGAGGGACAUGAUGAUCAACACUAGUGCUACUUGUAGCGAGGAAUUAUCACUUGAUCAGGACGAGGACGAGGAAGAGGAGGAGGACGAGGAGUCACAGGCUAAGAAAGAACAAUCUCGUCGUAAGAAGAUGUCUAGAGCUCAAGACUCUGUCCUUAAGUACAUGGUCAAAAUCAUGGAGAUAUGUAAAGGUCAAGGAUUCGUGUAUGGCAUAGUACCCGAAAAAGGGAAGCCCGUGACAGGGUCAUCGGAUAGUUUAAGAGAGUGGUGGAAGGACAAAGUGAGGUUUGAGAAGAAUGCCCCAAAUGCUAUUGCUGCAUUUUUGCCUAAACUAGUUGAAGAAAAUGUGUUGGUUCCUAAUUCAUGCAUGGAUCUUCUAAAUGACUUGCAAGAUACUACUUUGGGUUCACUACUUUCAUCUCUUAUGCGACAUUGUAUUCCUCCACAAAGGAGGUUCCCUUUGGAUAAAGGCUUAGCUCCACCAUGGUGGCCUACAGGGACGGAACUAUGGUGGGGUGAUCAAGGGUUUUCACAAGAAGAAGGACCACCACCAUAUAAGAAGCCUCGUGACUUGAAAAAAGCAUGGAAGGUUAGUGUUUUGGCUGGAAUUAUCAAACAUAUGUCCGUUAAUUUCGACAAAAUGAGGAGAUUGGUGAAGCAAUCAAAGAGCUUGCAAAACAAGAUGACAGCUAAAGAAACAGCUACUUGGUCUAGAGUGGUUAAUCAAGAAGAAGUCCUUAUCAAGAUGACCGAAAAAGCUCUCAAGAUUUCGACAUCAAAAGAGGAGGAUCAAGAAAAUGUUGAGGGGAUAAAAGAAGAUCUUGCUUUGAGGAGAAACGAGAAAAGGAAGGGUGUGUUUGAGAGCGACAUAGACACUGAGGAUAUGUUAUAUCAAAACUUAAAUUGCGCCCAAAGUGAGUUAGGAGUUGGAUUUCCCUACAAGAAUUCAAGAAUGGACAAUGAGACAACUUGUUCUCAUCACGGAAAGCAAACAAUGAAUGAACAACAAAGUGUCAAUGACGAGUCACUUAAUAUGUUCAUGAACAAUUUUACUAGCUUGAUUGGAACACAACCUAUACUACACAAAGAAAUAAUGGUUGGUGAUGAUCAUCACAGCGAACAUGAUGGGAUGAACAUGGACAUAAAAAGGAGCGUGGACAACUACCAUAUUGCACAAUAUGCUAAUAGAGGAUCAAUUGAGGAGAAUUUUGAAGUAUUUUGGGGAGACAAUAAUGUCCUUGAACAACAUCAUUAUGACAGCAUCAUGAACUUGAAUGAUACACCAAAAGAAAAUGAACACUAUCAAUCUCCCCUUUCUGUCUGGGAUUUGGCAUAUGAGGAUCCAUCGGAGCUAUAGCUAAAAAAAUGAACAAUUCGUGUGUGUUUCCCCCCCUUUCACGAAUAGUUCAUUAUAUGCUUAGAUUACUCGCAUUUCAUGUUUUAGACACGGUUUAUCAUAUAUAUAUAUAAAUAAAUAAACUAUUAGUGUCA